AUGUGGGUAGGUGUAGGUGAGGUUGGGUGGGGUGGGGGGUGUGUGGGUGUUGGGUUGGGUAAGGGUUUUGUGGGUUAUGUUUGGGAGUGUUAUGUUUUGGUGGGAGGGGGGUGGGGUUGUGGUAGGGGGUGGGGGGGUGGUUGGGGGUGGUGGGGGUGGUUGGUGUGGGUUGUGGAGGGGUUGUGUGCGGGGGGCGUGGUCGGUUUGUGUGGGUGCGGUUUGGGGGUGAUGGGUGGGGGGGGGUUGGGGUGGGUGUGGGGUGAUUGGGGGUUGGUUUGUGGGGUGGUUGGUGGGGGGUUUUGUUAG